AUGGUCCGCUCCUCCACCAUUGUUCUCACCCUCACUCUUGCUGCAACGGCGUUCGCCGCCCCUUUGUCUUUGGAGCGCCGAAGCGCUCCAAUGGAGGAGCAUGAGCAGUUUGCAAUGCGAAGCGAAAUGGACGAUGCUUCCCUCGAAAAGCGGAUCCUUGGCGGAGCAUGGCGCUCUGGGAGGAAAGCCGUUGGCCGAAUAGCGCACUAUGUGCAGAAACACCCAAUCGGGGCCUUCUCGGGUGUCGGCGCUGUUCGUUGGAUGGGGAAACAGCUGUUCGGCAACAAGGCCCCCAGGAACACGCAGCCUGCCCGGCAGGGGACCGAUGGGAAGUUGACUGACGAGUCGCCGACGGACGGGGGGUCCGGCGGGGCCCCUGGCAAGUACCGGAGACGUGACUUGCAAGAUGACGACGAAUACCUCCUCGAGAUGAGGGACAUGGAAGACAACACGCCCUGGGUCGUACUACGCGAUGCCAACAUGGAAUACGUGGCAUCGACGGUUAGGUUUGGUGAUGUCCUCAAUUAA